AUGAUUGUGAUUGGAGAUGAUAAGGCAGAAAAGCAAAAUCUUCAGAAGUAUCUGGCUUCCGAGUUUGAGAUAAAGUCAUUGGGUGAUUUGAAGUACUUUCUUGGGAUUGAAAUUGUCAGAUCUAAACAUGGUAUCUUUCUGUCUCAAAGAAUGUAUAUUUUGGAUUUACUUGUAGAGACUGGAAUGUUGGAUUGUAAACCAAUUGAUGCCCUUAGUGAACAGAAUCAUAAGUUGGGGUUGUAUCCUGAUCAAGUCCCUACAGAUAAAGAGCGUUAUCAACGACUUGUAGGGAAAUUGAUUUAUUUAUCUCAUACACGUCUUGAUAUUGCAUAUACAGUGAAUGUAGUGAGUCAGUUUAUGCAUUAUUCUAGUGAAGAUCGUAUGAGUGCUGUGAUACGCAUUUUGAGGUAUCUGAAAGUAAAUCCUAAAAAUGGGUUAAUGUUUUGCAAGUAUGGUCAUACAUAUGUGGAAGGGUAUACGGAUGCUGAUUGGGUUGGUUCAGUCACUGAUAGACGUUCUACGUUUGGGUAUUUCACAUUUGUUGGUAGUAAUCUUGUUACUUGGAGGAGCAAAAAGUGGUGUCUAGGUCUAGUCCUGAGGCCGAGUACCGUGGGAUGUCUCAAGGUGUGUGCGAGUUACUAUGGUUGA